AUGAACGGGAAAGCUUCCGUUUCUAAGGAGCUUCAUGCCAAACACACCAAGAUCUUAGAAGGACUUCUUAAGCUACCUAACAACAAGGAAUGUGCAGACUGUUGGACCAAGGCACCGCGAUGGGCUAGUGUGAACUUAGGAAUUUUCAUUUGCAUGCAGUGUUCAGGGAUUCAUCGGAGUCUUGGAGUGCAUAUAUCGAAGGUGAGGUCCACAACUUUGGAUACAUGGCUACCAGAUCAAGUUUCUUUCAUGCAAUUUAUGGGUAAUGUGAAGUCAAAUAAGCAUUGGGAGGCUAAACUACCACCGGAUUUUGACAGAAAUGGAUAUGGAGUCGAGAAAUUUAUCCGUGCCAAGUAUGUGGAGAAAAGAUGGGCUUUGCAAGGCAAACUACAAUCAGCUCUGAAGUCGACUGAAAUCUUCUUUGAGAUCAAAGAGUUACCAGUUGCGGCGGCCAAGAAUGGUAUUCAGAAAAACAGGAGAUUGUCUCUUGAGGAAAGCAUUCUAGUGAAUCACAUGGCACAGAUUCGGCCUCCAAUAGCGAAAUCUCACGAGGGCCCCUUACAUUUACCGAUGAUGAUUUCACCACCACUAUUAAAGAGGCCAUCGGCAUCACUUGAUUUUGAUAACGUCAUUGGAAAUAACAACAGUACCAUCGAUCUUUUUAACUUGCUUUCCAUCCACGACGAUAAGCAUAAUACCUCAACUACACCUCCUAGCUGGACAACAUUUGAUUGUAAGAUUACAUUACUUGUAUCACAAGUUAAAAAGAAUUUUGCCUAGACAAAUUUAAUGCUGUUAUAGCUUAUCUUGCAUUCACAUGGCUUGUUUAUGCUUACAGGAGAAGGCGUGUGAAUUGUGUUUGUUCAUAGAUUGUUGAGCUAGAUUUUCGGAUAGAUGUCACAAGAUUACGAUUGCAGAAGUUCUUGCCAUGUUGCACAAACAUCGAUCUGUACUGAUCUGGUGAGUACUUGUCUCAUUUCAAUUUAAUAAUGCUAAUUUGAUGUUUAUCUUUAUCUCAACAGU